CCUGUUCAUUGUGUUGUGUGGUUCCACUCAAUAAUUGUGGACAAUUUUGGCAAUUUUUAAUGAAAAUGGUUACAAAGAAUGAAAUAGCAACAUGUUUUCAAGAAUUAAAUAUAGUAACAAGUGAUGUAGUGUUGGAAAAAUGCCUAGAAAUGUGUUUAAAAUACAAUAUUGAAGCUGAAGAUUUUUGUGAUCAAUGGUACGCUUACACUGCUUCACAUUUAAAUGGAGCCGCUCCUACUGUAGAUUAUUUAGAGAAAUUAGAGAGAAAAGAGUUCCUGAAGAAUAAAGAUCAACUUUUUUAUAAAAAAUCUGUUACCACUCCAAAAUUUGCACCCAAAAUAGUAGGGGAAGAUACGGAAGUCAGUUCCAUGGUCAGUUCAUAUACAGCAACAACACCGAAGAGUGCCCGAAAACAGGACCAUCAAGUUACAGUACAGAUAAACAAAGAAUCAAAUUUUGUAAUUGAAAAUGUUACCUCCAACGAUUCUUACAGCAAAAGUCUUUCAGUGUCCCAAUCUGAAAAAUACACUAAAAGGUCAGAUUCAAGAUCAGUGCAGUGUUACUAUGGGGCACCAUCAGCAAACUAUAAAAGGGAGAACAACUGUCUUAUAACGAUUAAAAAUAUCAACGAGGGACAAUUCCUGAGUACCAAUUUUAAAUAUAUGUACGAGAUUAUGGGGAAAAAGGCUAAGUGCCUAAAUAAUAUGACACAGUCGCUGGGGCAUGCCAUUUUAAACAAGCAUAACUUAACUCUAACAGAAGGGACUCUAAAAAGUUAUUUGGGAGACAUGGUGACAUACGGAAGAAUAGUUUCAGAUUCAGAUGGUAAAAUUAAUACUCAAUCAAUAUUACUGGAGGGUUCUUUGGAAACUAAUAUGGGAAACACCAUUAAUUUAAAUUUGAACAAGGUUUCAAAAUUUUCUCUAUUUCCUGGGCAAGUUGCCGUUGUACAGGGUAACAAUCCUAAUUCAAGUACUUUCAUUACAGAUAAUGUAUUUACUGAUUCUCUGUUACUUUUGCCAAUGGAACCUCCCAUUGUAAAUGAUCAGUUGCAAAUUGUGGUUGCCUCGGGUCCCUACACCUUACAAAACAGUCUCAUGUUUGAACCUUUGAAAGAUCUUUUGAAAUAUGUCUGCGAAUACAAACCACAUGUGCUCAUAUUAAUUGGUCCUUUUUUGGAAAGAAACCAUGAGAGUAUUCUCAACGGAGGGCUUACACAAACUUUGGAUUCCUUUUUUGAGGACCUCAUAAAAAAUAUUAUGAACUCUCUAAGGGAUACUAAUACACAAGUAAUUAUUGUUUCUUCGCAGAAGGAAGCUCAUUAUCACCCUGUGUAUCCUACACCUCCAUACAAUGUUAGAGAUAAAUAUAAUAAUUUGACAUUUUUUCCCGAUCCGUGCAUGAUAAAUAUAAAUGGAUUAGUAAUUGGUGUUACAUCAACUGAUAUUUUGUUUCACAUUGGUAAUUUUGAGAUUUAUCAAGAUAAGAAUCCUGCUGCUCCUUCUGACCGAAUGGGGAGAUUAGCUUCUCAUCUUUUAAAUCAGCACAGUUUUUAUCCACUGUAUCCACCCCAUAAUGGAAUUUGUAUAGACCACGAGCUUUUUGAACAAUAUGGCGUUAUGGAAUGUAAACCUCACAUUUUAAUAGUUCCAUCCAAUUUGAGACACUUUAUUAAGAAUAUUCAAGACUGUGUGGUUAUUAACCCUGAACGUUUAACUAAAGCUUAUGUCGCUGGCACUUUUGCAAGAAUUGAAGUAAACCCUGGUACUAGCCAAUCUAUUUGUAAUCGAACUGUUUGUGAAGUACUACGAGUGUAACUGAAUUUAAAAUUUAUUUAUUUUUCCGUGUUAAUAAAAAUGGAUUCAAUGCA